AUGGCUUCUAAAACAGUACUGGUUUUGCUUAUAGUAUAUGUGAUAACGGACACCUCUGUUGCUCAAGAAAUAGACUUCCGAUCUGAUUACACAUAUAUUGCAAAACAAGAAAGCUUCUAUAAGGUUCACCUAGCCCAAGUGCCCUGGUUAGAAGCAAAGCGCGUGUGUGCUCUUGAAGACGCAAUUUUAUUCCACCCAGAAAAUGUGGCUGAAGCCGAAACUAUCUUGUCGUUUAUAAAAAAUGCCACACCAUGGAUAGAUGAAAUAUAUGUCUCAUUAAAUGAUAUUGACGCAGAAGGAAUGUUCCAGACCAUUGAUGGUAAACUAAUCUCCGAUGUAUACGGUAGUUGGAAACCAAAUGAGCCGAACAAUAUGGGUGGUCAAGAGAAUUGCGUUGCACUUCUAAACGAUGGAAAAAUGAAUGAUUAUGAUUGUAACUAUAAGAAAUAUUUUGUCUGUAAAAAACCGGUGCAUUCAGUGAAAUGGAAUUCAAGAUGCAAUAUGUCGAGUCCAGGUUACACACACAGCAAGCAGACAGGCAGUUGUUACAAGUUGCACACGAAGCCUAUGAAGUGGUUGGAUGCGUAUACCACGUGUCGUAUAGAGCAAUCUAACCUGGCCGUGAUAGACUCCCAGACAGAAAGAAAUGUCCUUGUGAAUCUAACGACACAUGCCUCAGCGCUCCUGAUUUCGGAAACUUACCAAAAAGGAAUAUUUCAUUUGGGCUUCCAUAACAGAUAUAAUAAUGGUUGGGUGACAGUUAAAGAAAAACCAAUGGGAAUUCAUAAUGAGACCUGGUGGGGUGGCUACUAUCCUGGUGAAGAAUGCCAUAACAAGUGUGGAGGUAUGUUCUAUAAUGGAUACCUGGUCAACAAUGACUGUGAAACGAAGAGUUUAUUCAUUUGUGAACACCAAGUAGACAACCAGAAUGCACAUGAACUGGAUGGAAACAUUAAUUCCCAGCAACUAUGAUAA